AUGAACGCCCAAAAACCAGCAGAAAAGACACGAGAGCAGUCAAUUGCCGAAUUUGAUGCUCGAACAAAAACAAUUCAACAAGAUCAUCCAGAUGUAGAUUUCAAGUCUACUGUCAUUGAACCCACGAUGAAUCUCAUGUUUGACAUCAAGGAAAACCUCAAAGAAGACGACAGGGAAAAACAUGAAAAACUCAUCACUCUCAUGCUUCAAAACACGACAGAUCCUGAAAAGGCUGAAAAGUACCUUUGGGAAGCGAGAAACUAUCUCAAACCUCACCCAGAGGUCCUCAAACAGUUUGAUGACAUUUACAUAAACAAGAGACCCGUCUCUGUCAUGAUUUCUCAGUUACACGAUGCCAUCAACGCAAAGCCAAGUCCUCUCAAAGAGACAUAA